GCGGCCGCAGCCCUCCGGCACGGCCCCGGGCCCAUCCCGGGAGCCGCCGCUAGGUGGGGGGGGGAGCCCGGCCCCGGCCGCCCCGGCCGCACAACAAUGACUUUGGGCAGCAGCGGCGGCGGCGGCUGCGGGAUCAUGUCCGAGCGCUCCCCGGAGGAAGAGCCGCUCUCCGAGGUGGAGGACGCGGAUAUCGACGUGGUGGGCCCGCCCCAGGAUGGGGGCAAGUACAGCGAGGAGGAGGAGGACGAGGACGAGGAGGAGGAGGACGAGGAGGACGGCGGCGAUCCGCUGGGGCUGGCGCUGCCGCGGAGCGGGGCCGCCAAGGCGCGCAUGGGGGGGUCCCCGGAGCGGCUGUCCCCCGCCGGCGGCUCGGAGCCCGCCUGCGCCCGCGGCGCCGCGCCCGGGGAGAAGGCGCCCGCGGGCGGCGGCGGCGGCGGCGCGGGGGGGAAGAACCCGCUGGUGAAGCCGCCCUACUCCUACAUCGCCCUCAUCACCAUGGCCAUCCUGCAGAGCCCCAAGAAGCGGCUGACGCUGAGCGAGAUCUGCGAGUUCAUCAGCGGGCGCUUCCCGUACUACCGGGAGAAGUUCCCCGCCUGGCAGAACAGCAUCCGCCACAACCUCUCCCUCAACGACUGCUUCGUCAAGAUCCCCCGGGAGCCCGGCAACCCGGGCAAAGGUAACUACUGGACGCUGGACCCCGAGUCAGCCGACAUGUUCGACAACGGGAGCUUCCUGCGCCGGAGGAAGCGCUUCAAGCGGCAGCAGCAGCUGCACCCGCCGCACCCCGAGCUACUGCUGCGGGCCGGGGCCGCCGACCCCGCCGCUUUCCUGCCCGGCUUCGCCUACGGACCCUACGGCUACAACUACGGCCUGCAGCUCCAGGUACCCCCACCACCACCACCACCAUCCCGGUGGCGGAGGCGGCGGGCCGCGGGCGCCUUCCCCUUCCCGGCGCCGCACUGCCCGUUACCGGCUCCGCCGCCUCCCGCCGCCGCCUCCGUCUUCUCCGCCGCCUCGGGGCUGCCCUCCUUCCUGGGCGGCGAGCUGAACUGCAGGAAGUCCUUCUACCACCCCCAGCUGAGCCCCACCGCCCUGCCCGCCGCCCUCCUCCAGACCCUCAAGCCGGACCCCUCGCCCGCCGGCGGCGGCGGCGGCGGCAGCGGCGGCACCAACCACCCCUCCCGGCCCUCUUUUUCCAUAGACAACAUCAUCGGGGGGGCCGUGCCCCCGCCGCCCAGCACCAACCCCAGCGUCGCGCCCGCCGCGCCCUACCCCGCCGGCCAGGCGGGCCCCCCGGCGCAGGUCCUGGCCGUGCUCAGCCCCGCCUUGGCCCCGGCACAGCCCCAGGUCAGCCUGGCACACGAGCCGCUCCUCCAGCCGGCCCAGAACUUUUCCAGUAAAAUCACAACCCUCAGCAGCUGUCAUUUUUAAAGUGUGCUGGGGACUGGGGAAGGGGAGGGGGAUGGGGGGGAGAGUCGCGAAGCAAACGGCCCCUUUCCAGCUCUCCCCCGCUCCUC